AUGGGCAGAAAUGGUGAAAAUGGAGGCUGUUCAGGUUGGGAGGUGGAUUGGGACAUACGCCAACAAAGCGAACUUUCGACUCAACUUGAACCAGUCAGGUCAUUUGCAGAAGCCAAGCAGCUUGCUAAAUCGGAUCUGCAGUGCGUUUGUCGGUUACUACGAAUCCAAAAGCUUCGCAAGGCAGUACCUACAUGGGGGGUUCCGGGUGAAGUAUGGAGACAACUGGUUAGUCCAAACGAGUAUUAUGUACGUCGUCGACAUGGUCUGGGUUUUGAUGGCACGUUGGAUACGAGUGUUGUUAGCAAAUGCUUAUUGGCACUAUUCGUUUCCAUUCGCUUGUAUGAUGUGGCACCGUUGCAGUGGCAUCUUAGCCAAACUUUUCAGAUUAACAAACACAACAACAAACCUGCUUGUGAAGGGUUACGAACAAUCAACACCUUUGAGCCACUGGGUAAAGCUUUCAUCAAAACCCUGUGGGACAGAGGGCAAAGACAAAGCGACAGAGAGUGGGCUUCAGGUUACAUUGCUCACAAGUCUCGCGUCACACCUAUUAUGCAGCGCCGAAUUAUCAAACACAGACUGCGACAAGCUGGUGAGUCUCAUUGCGAUUCUUUCUAUGAUGCGGCGAAUGCUUUUCCGAGUGUGGCUCGCUCUGUGUGCGACGAUGUCAUUGACAACACAUGUAGACAUGCAGACCGACGACUUCUUAAACAACGCAACAAUGAAGCCAUCCUUCUCAUACAUGCAUCGGAUCGCAAAGUAUUUAUUCAAAGCGGUUCUGGUUCGCUCCAAGGAGAUUCGCAUGCUGGCGCGCAGUUCCUUGAACAGUAUCACCCUGCAGUGGAUACAUGGCUUACCCACCUUGCCGAACAUGAGGGGGCGGAGUUCUACAUUCAAGAUCCUGUCAACCAGCAGUUUGUGGAUGCAUCUGUUUCGACAUAUGCAGAUGAUUUGGCACGCACUUCUCUGUGUCAAUCAUCAACAGAGCUUUCCGCCAAACUCAACAUCGCGAACUCGCUCUUGUCUGCAGCUCUUCGGCCGAUUGGUAUUGCGCAGAAUGUGGGGAAGCAAGUACAUGUUCCAUGCUUUGUUCGACAAGAUGCAGAUACUUACACUCGUGCUGUGUUUUGUGAGGAUUUGCUACCAGGGAACACGUGUCGUAUGGCGAAGUACUUGGGACUUCUACACCACGCCACAGGCAACGACUCUCCUGAAAUAUUACAACGAAUCCGCAGUGCCGAUGUUGGAUGGUUUUCUAUGGGCAAGUUCUGGUUCAGACAAGGUUUCUGGGACGAGAGAUCCCCCCGCCGGGAUGGGUGGAGCCACCCACUGAACCUUCUGAUAUUAUUCUACUACCUAACGAUGACGCUGAAGUAUUUACAUGUGACAAGAAAUGCUCGGACGGAUCAGUUUGCAACAAACAGUUUUCAACGUACAGACAACUACGACUGCACAUGGUGCACACAAAAGAUGGUGAGCACGGUUCUUCUAGGCAGGUUCAAGACAUUGCUGCAGUGUCGAAUGUAUGCCCGUGGUGCCGUAAACGUUAUGCUUCACGUGAAAGCGCCAAGAAGCACAUCAAAGAGGCAUUUAACAGAGGAUAUUGCACGGGAAAGGGAUCGGCCUUUAAUCCAGCGGUCUAUGCUCCAAAGUCCAUGGCAUGUCCGAUGUGUGGGGAAACAAGCGAUUCAUUGGAUGAGCUGUUGCAUCAUAUUUCACAGCAUGACAGCCCCGCCGCUUUCCAUGCACGACAAGCAUUACCUGCUCAAGGUGACGCAUAGAGAACUCACGACCGGCAUUGCUAUGGCUACACCUUCUUGGUUGCUAGGUGCUGGGGGUCAAAGUGGGGGGCCGCCUGCGCGAAGACAGCGAGUGGAUCCACCACCAAGCGCCAUCACUGCAGACAACCAGAAGAAGCUCACAAUCCUUCUAGCCAAGACGGUGCUUAAGAGUUGUGCUGACAUCCGGGAGUUACAGAGUGCAGUGUUGACGACAUUGUUGAUUCCCAAGGAUACCUCUGUGGUGGCAGCCAUGACGGCCGCUACGCAGGAACACAACACCAAAGCAUCAGACUUGCGCAAAGCAGGUAAACUGCAGGAGUGUGAAGCGCUCGGAGAGCCUCAUAUCCAUGCCUGGGCCGCCAUGGUGCAUGAGUUGUCGGGAUCCAGCCACUUGAGUACAGACGAGAAGCAAAAGUUGACGGCGCAUCUGCUUUCUGCUGACAGUGUGAAGGUGCUUGAACCCCUUAUCAUGGUGACCAAAUGUCGCAAGUGCUAUGAUCCGAAGCGCAUGCGAUUGACCUUGUGUGUCCACAACCAGGUUGAAGACAUCCUGGAGGUGGUCGUUAAAGGACUGCAGCGGCAUGGUGCUCAACUCAAGCGGGGAGUGGCACCAAGAUCGGGCAAUGAGCGUGAGAUGCAAGCCUUGCUAGAUGCAUUGGUGGAAAGUGUUUGA